GUUCCCAUGGUGGAAUCUACGACAUGUCUAGAUUUGAUACAGCAAAGGGUGGUAUCAAUAAAGAAUCCUCAGAAAGAAGAUUGUCACCUCAUCAUUUCUACCAUCAACAAGCUGCACUGACGGCAAUCCAAGCUACCGUAGACUUCUUUUACCAUCCUGAUACCGGUCUGUAUAACUUAAUCGGGGAGCAGACAUUUCGUAAGCUUCUUAAUCUGGAUGUUGGGACUUCAUUGGCGUUUGUUAUUGACACGACUGGUAGUAUGAGUGAAGAAAUAGAAGCUGUGAAAGAAGCAGCUAUUGAUAUAACCAACACCAACAGAGAAACUUGCUUUGCGGUCUCUAAUUAUGUCGUCGUACCGUUCAAUGAUCCAGCAUUUGGUCCGGCAUUUGUGACUACCGAUCCGGAGGAAUGCAUCCAGUACAUCAGUGGUCUAACUGCAGUUGACGGCGGUGAUUGCCCAGAGUUGGCCAACAGCGGACUUGAACUUGGGAUUCAAAACAGUGUGGAUGGGAGUAUCGUGUACCUCUUCACUGAUGCUGAUGACAAGGAUAAAGACAAACUCCCCAACGUUGAAGCUUUAAUAGCGGAGAAAGGUCUCAUUAGAGUGGAUUUCGUACUGACAGAGGGUUGUACAUCAAGACGUCGUAAAAGAGCAAGCAGUACCCCGUACUUAUCUUAUUUCACAAUCGCUAGAAAGUCUGGCGGAAACAUCUACUUUACGGACGAUGAUGGUAUACGAGAUUUAACACGAGUAAUUCAGGGUAAUAUUCGAGCAUCACAGGUCACAAUACUGAAGCUAAGUCUAAACAGCACCACCCCUGUGGAGAUACCAGUUGAUACUACAAUACCUGAAUUUCUAGUCUCUAUUUUCGGUCCACUGGACGACGCAGUAGUGAACAUUACAAACUCACAGGGAAUCGAAGGGUCCCCGAGUGACCUAAAUGCAGAAAUAUUCACCAGCUCGGCCCAGCAGAUAGUCUUUAGUUUCAACACCUCCUUGCAGCGAUCAAAAGGAAACUGGAAUCUCAAGCUACAGAAUGUGAACCCUGCCUCCGAGUACAAAGUCACCGUCUCUGCAAGAAGCCUCCUUGGUUUCACCUUUGACCUUUUGGAAGUUGACCAAUCAGGAACUGCGUAUCCAUUGGAGGGGUUACCAGUCGUUGGAGCUCAGCUCUCACUUCAAAUCCGGAUCUCAGGCCAAGACCUGAUCAGAUCAAUCGGUGAAGUUAGAUUUCAUGAUACCACCGGUCGUGAGACACUCUUUACUGGGGUCGUUGAACCACUUGCAGGAAGGAUUCAAGGAUUGUAUGUAGCUAAUGUGACACUUCCAAACAAGGCAUUUUUCGUUAGUCUUGUUGGCGUAGACAAUAAAGGCGCUUCAUUCCUUCGGACAGACCCAACAGAGGUACAAGUUAUUGACUUCAAGUUGGAAAAAGUCAUUGGAAAUAAUACAAUAGAUGAGGUUUAUCAAGGAAGCGAAGGUAGGUUGACAUUUAGAGUUACAAACAAAGGACCAGCAGACACCAUGGACAUCAGUGUUUCCAUAGGGACCAAUAGAGGAGCAGUGGAAAUCAAUGUACCAAUAGAACGAGUAUUGAACGCUACUGUUGAACCAUUGACCAUGGAGUUGGCAUCUGGACAGACACAAGAGGGCGUGGUGAUUGUUCGUGCUGAUGACAAUGCAACGAUUGGCAUUACUGUGAAAGUGACUUUAAGCGUUUCAGGUUCUUUAUCACCUGCUGUUAAUAUUCUCUCUGCUGAUGUGACGGUAGUUGAAACUCCCAUAAUUAUUCCUGAAGUAAUUGACUUGACUUCUCCAACCUGCACCGUGUUGGCCACUGGAGGGGGUUGCACAGCAGACCACAUGACCAACGACUGUCGCCUCCAUGAGUGGUGGGUUCGAAUCCAAGCAACGGAUGAGACGUCUUUGAUAGAGGUUCGUCCUGAUCCACAAGUUGGACUCAGUCAGUCCUUGAAAUACGAGGAAAGCUCUCUCCGUGUUACAGCAAUCUAUAAAGCCCCGUGCUGUUGUCCCAAAGUGAACAUCACAGUUCGAGAUGAGAAUGGGAACACUGCGUCAUGCGGUGAAGACUUCUAUACACCAGUGGCGGGAAAAAUAAAGGAACCAAUCUGUAACGGCCCGGUUGAGAACGCCCCCUCUGGUCUUGGCGUUGGGGGUAUUGUGGGGAUAGUAGCUGGCAGUCUGGUGUCGAUUUUGAUUCUUGUCAUCAUUGUCAAGUUCUUCAUGACUCGGGAGAGAAAACAAGAAGGAAAAUGAUUCCCAAAAGAACCGAGCAGAUCUACAUGUAGUUGCAAAAGUUUCCAAAAAUGAUUACGUAAUGUAAAUGUUUUAUUGGAUUAGUUUAUAGUACCAUUCAAUACGAUAGAGUGGACACACCGCCAAUUUUGUUCUAAACAAAAAUGGAUAAACCAUUCUCCUGUUGAAAACAAAUGUCAUCUUUCGAAGGGAAACCUUCGACGAGUACGACGAGUAGCGUUGGAAUAAUUCGUUUUGGAUUUGUUUUUAGUCUUUCGGGGAACGGGACAAAGAAUGGUUUGUUUGGACUUUAUUUCUAUAAAUUGGAACCCUAUAGACGAUGUGACCUAUAGUUACAUUCAAACCGCCCUCUGUUGAAAAAAAACACACUGUAUACGUCAGUUUUC